AUGGACGAAGAUGAGAAGCAGAUCAAACAUUCAGAAAGUUGGCUUCUUUUUAGAAAAUUUAGAGAUAUGGAAGAAGAAUUACGAACUGAUGUCGAUUUGCAGGUUUUAGAAAGUAUUUGGAGCUUUUUCAAGCCAAUAGCAAAAGGCAUGUCCUUUGGCUGCACAGAAAUUUAUGGGAUGUACAACAUCUUUAAAUUUAAGAAAGCCAAGCAGUUUGCUCUUUAUUUCUUACUGGUAUUCAAUGAAAAAGUUAUAAAAUUAACUGGACUACAAUAA